UAUUUAGUCAAAGUCAUUGGAGGAGAAUCCUGUGUGUGUAGCUGACAUAACAACCCCUCCGUGAGGGAACGCCAUGGAUAUUCAGCAAUCAGUGGUGUCAUUCCGAUGGGAAAUAUUCCUUAUUUAUGAGGUGUCUGCAAUGGAACCUUCUGAGCCAGAACAAUGAGAAAUCUCCAUGUCAGGUGCUCCGUCUAGAGGAUGAUGGACGCGGAUGGCGAUGGCGGAUGGCUCCUCCUCUCUUGGGUCUCGUCCUGUCUCAUGGUGGUCGGAGGCAUCGUCCCGUACAUCCCCCAGUAUCAGGAAAUUAAGAGGACCUCCAACACAGAGGGCUUCUCCACCUGGGUCUGUCUGGUUCUGCUGGUGGCCAAUAUCCUCCGCAUAUUCUUCUGGUUUGGGAAAUACUUUGAGUUCCCGCUACUACUUCAGAGUGUUCUCAUGAUCGGCGCCAUGUUGGCCAUUCUGAACCUGUGCUGCUCUACUCAGUCUUCAAACCGUGUUUCCACCAAACAACGCUCCUUUACAGAUUUCCAGCAGAAGGACUUCUGGAAUUGGAGCAGGUUUGAGGAUUAUGUGCAAUUCUGCCUGGCGUUGGUGGUGUGCGGCGCUAUUGUCACCUACGUCCUCAUUGAUGUCCCCGUCUUCAUGGAGGGAGUUGGCCUGCUGGCUCUGAUGACGGAGGCGAUGCUAGGACUCCCCCAGUUCCUGCAGAACAGGAAGAACCAAUCUACCCGGGGGAUGAGUGUGAAGAUGGUUCUGCUCUGGAUGGCCGGUGAUUGCUUCAAGACCACCUACUUCAUCAUAAAGGAGACCCCCGCCCAAUUCUGGCUGUGCGGGGCCCUGCAGAUCGGUCUGGACAUGGCGAUCCUCUCUCAGGUGUAUCACUAUAAGCAGACAACUCACACCAAAUUCGGGUGACCGCUCAGCCAAUCACAAGCAGCAAAGAAAAUGACUUUGUACUGCCCGCCAUGUCAUCCCUGAGACUUCCUUCUGCUGGAGAACCACAAAUACCAGCCGGCCUUGGCAGCUGGAGGCCAAGAUCUGAGAUUUCCCAACUCUUGGGGGUCCACGGAUGGUCCAUACAUGAAGUAUUAAGACACCGCCAUUGACACGGGAACAAAGAUCUAUGUGUGACAUCUCCACGGCCUAUGUCAGCCUCUCUCCACGCUCCAGCCUCCUGACCUCCACCUCUCACAGGUCUCAGUGUUGUGGAGCAGAUGGAGGCAGUAUAGACGUAUGGAAAAUAUGAUUUUUUUUUGUACCUUCUAUUUAAUUUCUGUCUCUGAGCUGCAUGAAGUCAGUACUGUGAGCACUGCAUGCUUAGGCGUGUGCAGGGGGUGUGCCAGGUGUGCCUGGGCACACCCUAAUCACUGUGCAUUGCCAAUUCCCCCUACUGCCCAGGGUUUCCUCAAUGCUUUGCCCCCCACAGUACUACUGGUUUCUUUCCUCUCCUCUCCCCCAGGCUGUUACAGGGGUUUUCUCAGGAUGGAGAGCAGGGGAAGGGGCUAGCCAAUGGGUGCUCAACCUGUGGCCCUCCAGCUGUUGCGGAACUCCAAGUCCUAUGAGAUAUUGCAAGCUGCGGUCAGUUACAAGCAUGACUCCCAAAGGCAGAGGAAUGAUGGGACUGUAGUUUCCGCAACAACUUGAGGGCCACAGGUUGAGCACCCACGGGCUAGUCAAUAUGUCAUUUACUGGCCCCUUCCUUUUCUUUUUUUUCCCCAUAUUCAUUCUUUAUUCAUUUUUUUUUUCCAAUAUUAACACUUCAUUAAAAAUAAGGAAAUAGAA